AUGGUGGACAGCUGUUGCCCCAGAACCACCAUGACCGUUCCAGCUGUGCCCACUUUCAUAUGCUCAAAUGGCGGUAGCUUCCGAAAUGGUAUCUGUUUGCCUAGUUCCUGCCGGAGCAGAACGUGGCAACUGGUCACAUGCCAAGAAAGCUGUCAGCCAUCCAGCAGUGCCCCAAGUGGCUGUGAACCUGCUUCUUGCCAACCUACCUGCCUUCCAACAACUUCUUCUGUUGGUUUUGUCUGCCAACCCAUUUGCUCCUGUACGGCCUGCUAUGAAUCUGGCACUGGUCAGUCUCCAUGUCUGGUUAGCUCAUGCCAACCCUCCUGCUCAGAAUCUACCAGUUGUCAGGUAAAUUGCUGUGAAGCCAGCCUCAACCAGCAAACCUCCUGCCAAGAACCUGUCUUUGUGUCUGGAUCAUGCCAGGCAGCUUGUGGCCAAUCGGUCUGCUGUGACACUAGGUCCUGCCAGCCAUCCUGCUCUGAAGUAACUUCCUGUGCUGAAAAUUCUUGCCCACCAACCAUCUGUGCAGCUAGUCCAUGCCAGUCAACUUGCUGCCAACAAGGUUCAUGUCAACCCACUAAUGGCAAAGAUCAGCUCUGCAAAUCAACUUAUUACCAACCCAUCUGUUACAUUUUUAAGACUUGCCAAUUGGUUCCCUUUAUGCCUGUUCCCUGCCAGCCGUCAACUUGUGUGUUCAGUUCUUGCAAUCCUACAUGCUGUGUGUCCUCCCUUUGCCAGCCACUUUACUGCCAACCAUCUCCUUCGAUAUCCUUCGUCUGCCAGCCAGUGGCUAACUGCCAGCCCCCAUGUUUUGUAAAGAACGCUUGCAAACUAGUUUCCUGUGGCACCAUGCUUUCUGGCCAACCAACUUGUGAUGGAUCCACUUCCUGCAACCGAGAUGUCUGCAAAUCCCCUUCCUGUCAACCAGCUUGCUGUGUGACAGGUUUAGGCAAACCAUCCAGCGGUGGCUGCAAUUGCUUUUGA